AUGAAGGUUUUCAGCAUCAUCGCUUUGUGUGCGGCAGGCGCAAACGCUUUUGAGUGGACAUGGCCAUUGCUCUCGAACGACCCCCAAUAUCCUCCCAAUGGAUACAACCUCCCUACCAAAGGACCAGAUGCCAACUCUACUUACGAGUAUAUCGUUGUUGGAUCCGGUCCUGGUGGUUCUCCUCUUGCCGCUCGUCUCGCACUUGCCGGCUACAGUGUCUUGCUUAUUGACGCAGGCGAAGACCACGGUACCGACAGACAAGUUCAGGUCCCAGCCCUCCACCCUUACGCCAGCACAUAUCACCCAAUCCAAUGGGACUUCUUUGUCGACCACUACGCCGAUGAGGAGCAGGCUAAGCGAGACUCCAAGAUGACAUAUCUUACUCCUUCGGGCGAAUACUACUCUGGCUUGAAUCCUCCUGAAGGUUCCGUAAGAAAGGGUAUCCUUUACCCCAGAACCGGUGCUCUUGGUGGUUGCGCUCAGCACAACGCCUUGGUCACUAUUACUGCCACCGACAACGACUGGAACAGCAUCGCUAGCAUGACCGGCGAUAAGUCGUGGAUGGCCAGCAACAUGCGCAAGUACUACCAGAAGCUCGAGCGCAACCGCUAUCUGCCCAGCAGCAUUGUCGGCCACGGCUUCAGUGGUUGGUUGGAGACUCGUGUGACUCCCGUCCUUCUGAUCGCCGAGGACUUGAAGGUCCUUUCGCUUGUUACAGCUGCUGCUACUGCCAUGGGCAGAGGUCUGCUCGGUGGUCUUUUGCACACCGUUACUGGUCUUGCUGAGGUAUUUGUGACCAAAACUUCGACCCUAUCAAACCCGUCUCGCGACAACGAUGAGCUCAUCUACCAGAUCCCCCUGUCCAUGGACGGAAACUACGUUCGCAGCUCUCCUCGUGACUUUGUUCUCCAGGUCGCUGGAGCCACCAACAAGGACGGCUCUAAGAAGUACAAGCUCGACAUUGCUCUCAACACUCUUGUCACCAAGGUCAACUUCGAUUCCUCUAACACCAAGCCCAAGGCAACCGGUGUUGACUACCUCUUUGGUCAGAGUCUGUACCGUGCUGAUCCUCGUGCUGGUACUGAGGAUGGCGGUAUCUCUGGAACCGUUCACGCUAGCCGCGAAGUUAUUGUCUCUGGUGGUGCUUUCAACACCCCUCAAAUCUUGAAGCUCAGUGGUGUUGGACCUGCUCAGGAGCUUCACACUCACGGCAUUGAAGUCGUCAAGGAUCUUCCCGGUGUUGGUGGCAACAUGCAAGACAGAUACGAGGUCGGUGUCGUCGGUAAAGCUCCUUCGGAAUUCGAUCUCCUCAAGAAGUGCACAUUCCUCGAGGGCGAUGACCCCUGCUACGACAACUGGAAGAACAACGUUGGAGCCCUCAAGGGUGGCUACACUACCAACGGUAUCGCCUUUGGUUUCCUCCACCACUCUUCCGUCUCGGAAAGCGAUCCCGAUCUUUUCCUUGGUGGUGUCCCUGCUUACUUCAACGGUUACUUCCCUGGUUAUUCCGCUCAUGCCACUCAAGAUCUUAGUAUCUGGACGUGGCUCACUCUCAAGGCCCACUCUCGCAACAACGCCGGUACCGUCAACUUGACUUCCGCAAACCCUCGCGAUACCCCCAAGAUUGUCUUCCACUCUCUCGGUGAGGGUGUUGGUGGUGACCAGGAUCUCCAGGCUGUCUACGAGGGUGUCCAACACGGUAUCAAGGCUUUCAAGGACCUUAUCCCUCUCGAUGGCAAGUUCGACCGCGUCUGGCCUCCGGCUGAUCUCACUUCUGAGGAGGACCUGAAACAAUUCAUCAAGGACGAGGCUUGGGGUCAUCACGCCUCUUGCACUGCUCCUAUCGGUGCUGAUGAUGAUCCGAUGGCCGUUCUCGACAGCGAGUUCCGUGUUCGCGGUGUUGAUGGUCUGCGUGUUGUUGAUGCCUCCGUCUUCCCCAAGAUUCCUGGCAUGUACAUUGCUCUCCCCAUCUACAUGGUCAGUGAGAAGGCUGCUGAUGUCAUUAUCUCAUCUGCUACUGCCCCCGCUGCUUCUCAGUAG